CUGCAUCGAGCGGGUAAUUCGACAAACGUGGUGGGCGUUGCUAAAAGCACUGAACGCUGAAAUCUUCAGUCUGUGUUCAGCGACAUCAGGAAUCAGAUUUCAGUCUUUUUGUUUCCUCACAGCGAAAUAAACCCGAGGCUCAGCUCCGCGAUGGCAAAUGAAGCAAAACCUUGUCCAUGUGAUAUCGGGGACAAAAUCGAAUAUGGAGGCCUUGGAGAGGAAGUUCAAAUCCAGCACAUUAAAGCUUAUGUGGUGAAGCCUCCAGCGUCAGAAAAGGCCAUAAUUGUAAUUCAAGACAUUUUUGGAUGGCAGCUCCCAAACACUAGAUACAUGGCCGAUAUGCUCUCAGCCAAUGGAUACAUCGCUGUAUGUCCAGAUUUCUUCGUUGGAAAAGACCCAUGGAAUCCAUCUCACGACUGGUCGACAUUUCAGCAGUGGCUUGAGGACAAAAAGCCCACAGGCAUCAAAAAGGAAGUGGAUGCUGUAUUGAAGUAUCUGAAGGAGCAGUGCGGUGUGAAGCAUGUAGGUGUAGUGGGCUUCUGCUGGGGUGGCGUCGCAACACACUACAUUGCUCUUCAGUAUCAGGAAAUCAAAGCUGGCGUCUCCGUCUAUGGCAUCGUUAGAGAGCGGGAAGACAGGUUUGAUCUCAAGAGCCCAACCCUCUUUAUCUUUGCUGAAAACGAUCAAGUCAUUCCAAUUGAUCAGGUGACUACACUAGAGACAAAACUGAAGGAAAAGUGCACUGCCGACUUCCGAGUGAAAAUCUUCCCGAAGCAGACACAUGGGUUUGUCCAUCGCAAGAGAGAAGACAUUAACCCAGAUGAUAAACCUUUCAUAGAGGAGGCCAGGACCGAUAUGAUCAACUGGCUAAAUAAGUACAUGUAAACGGCAAUGGGUUAAAUUAACCGAGAUGAUGGUUAAACAUUCUCUAAUGGCAAAGUCUAAUGAUAAAAUCAAUCAUUGUGUUGA